GAAAACCGACAAACCGUUUCUCUAAGAACUGAUAAAAAUUAUAUUUAAAAAAAAAAAGAGGAUAAAUUGUAUUUGCAGCCAGGGAUCCCUCAGAAAUCCAUCUACUUGAUUUGGUGGUAGGCAAAAGUAGUCUACAUUUUCAUGCACCAACUCUAAUUUCAGAUCCGAUGAAGAAUUUGAAUGAAGAUUGGGAGGCCAGGCCAGGUGGCAUGCUUGUCCAAAGACGAGAUUCAGCUGCUGCUGCUGCUGAUGCUGGACCCUUGAUCAAGAUCAACUUCUCUCAUGGUCCCUCCCAGUAUGAAAUCCAUGUUCCCGCUCAAUCUACUUUCGGAUAUAUGAAAGAAGGUAUUGAAUCAAAAACGGGUCUGGAGCCUAAACAGCAAAAGAUUUUGUUUAGGGGGCAAGAAAAAGAGGAUCGGGAAUAUUUGCAUGAGGCAGGUGUGAAGGAUAAGUCCAAGGUCUUGGUUUUGGAAAACCCAGCAAGCAAAGAGAAGCCUGUGGAAUUGAAGGAACUUGAAGGAACUUCUAAGGCUGAGGUAAAGGAAAGUGAGGAGAUAUCAAAGAGGGAGAUGAAGGAAAGAGAAGAGAUGUCAAAAGCAUUUCAAGCUAUUGCUGAAGUCAGAGAAGAGGUCGAUAAACUUGCAGAAAGAGUGUCUGCCUUAGAGGUGGCCGUGAAUGGUGGGACCAAGAUUGCAGAGGAGGAAUUUGCAGUGUCAUCAGAGUUACUGAUGAAGCAAUUGCUGAAAUUGGACACUAUUCAGGCUGAAGGAGAAGCAAAGGUGCAGCGGAAGGCCGAGGUACACCGUGUCCAAAACUACCAUGAUCUACUGGACAACCUAAAGUCAAGUAAUUCAAAGCCAUUUAACAAUAGCAGCAAUGCUGUGUCAGUGACAACUGAGUGGGAGACCUUUGACUCUGGACCAGGGAACUUGAGUCCUCCCCCACUGUCAUCUUCAACAAGAAUUACUCAGGAUUGGGAAAGGUUUGAUUAGGAACCUUCUUGACUAUUUUAGCCUAUAGAACAAAAUGGAAUAUAUAAUAUUUAGAAUGUAGAACUCACUAUUAUGAUUUUAUGUCUCAUUUAUAUUUGCCUUUUUCCCCCUUCCUGUCGGCUAGAGAUAUUUCAUCGUUAAGAGCUUUAAGAUCUAUUAGUUACACUUGGAAAUGAUACUUGUUUAUGGAAUAGCCAAUUGAUAUUUGCGUA